GGAUUCCGCACUUCGCCAUCAGUCGUCAGUCAGUGAUCGCCGUCGCGAGUUGUUGGUGUCGAACAAAAUAACAGAACGGAACGAAAGUGGUACCGUUUUUCAAUCCGCGAAUCGUCAUCGGUGUUUUGUGUUUUUUUCUCCCUGCCUUUGCACUGCUGCGCGAACAAAAAAAUCUUUGCCUUUUUCACCCCAACACAAUAUAUUUUGACAGCUACUAAAGUCGCUCGAGAGCCGUCUGUCUCUUCGAUUUUCGAAGGAAAAGCAAAACAACAGCGGAGGAAAUUAUUUCGCUUUGGUGUGUUGGAGUUUUUCGCGAGGGAAAACGCGUCAGUGAGGAUUGCGUGUGUGACCCAAGACCAAGAAGAGGACCAGCCAUUAGGAGCGGGAUUUUUUCGGAAUUAUAUAUUUUACUGAAGCGACUCAAGACGAGCUGCUAAGUGUGUGUAGUCUUUUCCUUUGCGCCUCUUCUAGUGGUGCGCUGCGGUUUAGUGAAUUUGGCAGUCUUACGGUUUUCGGGGUGAAAGUGUUCCUGUGGCCUCUCUCCGAAUGCUGGCUGGCUUGUUCGGUGCAAUUUCCGUGACGGGAGUGUGAAGUUUUGUGCGACGGUUUCGGAAGGUUCAGUAACAGAAAACCCGGAUCCCGGUGGUGUUCCAAGUGCGGUGUAGUGUGUACAUCGGAAGUGUCUCCAGGAAUUCGUCCAGCAUAAUCUCCCAACUGCAGCGGAUUCGCACGAUGGCGGAAAACAAAGGAAUGUUACUGGCCAAGUCGGUUCAGAAGCACGCCGGAAGGGCUAAGGAAAAGCUCUUACAAAAUCUCGGCAAAGUGGACCGAACCGCAGACGAAAUAUUCGACGAGCACCUGAACAACUUCACCAGACAGCAGAACAGUGCCACCAGACUGCAGAAAGAGUUCAACAACUACAUCCGAUGUGUGCGAGCCGUCCAAACCGCGUCCAAGAGCCUUAUGGAAGCCAUCAACGAAGUAUACGAAGGCCAGUGGACCGGAUCGGAAGCCCUGUACGCUCAGACCAACACCGUCGAGGUGCUAUUCCAGGAUUUCUCGCACAAACUCGGUGACCAAGUGCUGAUACCACUCAACACCUACACUUCCCAGUUUCCAGAGAUGAGGAAAAAGAUCGACAAACGAGGUCGCAAACUGGUGGACUACGACAGCCAGAGGCACUCCUUCCAGAGCCUGCAAGCCAAUGCUGCCAAGCGCAAGGAUGAUGUUAAGGUCACAAAGGGCCGAGAACAGCUGGAGGAAGCGAAACGCACCUACGAGGUGCUAAACAGCGAACUGCACGACGAACUGCCAGCCCUGUUCGACUCGAGAAUACUGUUCCUGGUGACGAACUUGCAAACCCUGUUCGCCUCCGAGCAGCAGUUCCACAGCGAAACGGCCAAAGUGUACGCCGAACUGGAAGCGAUCGUCGACAAGCUGGCCACCGAGUCGCAGCGGGGCUCGUACACGCUCAAGAAGAUCACCGCUAACUCCACUCCGUCCAGCCCACCACAGUCCCCAGUGAAAGCGAACUUGUCGAUUGUAAAUAACAUCACCAACGGAUCUGCCAAUGCCAACGGACCCACAUCCACUUCGCCAUCAAUCUCGCCAAGUCCAGAGCAGCAUCACAGCCUGGAAGAUACGGAACCAUCCUAUCAGAACACGGAAGUCGUGAAAUCUACCAGUGCUGCUUUGCGAUCAUCUACCACAACACCCACCACCAUUGCUAACAACAGCAACAAUACUGAUACUACAUCGCAGCAAGCCACAGCGGUUGCUAAAACGCCUGAGCCGCCUACUACUACUACUACCACCACCACAACCAAGAGCGAUGAAAAAGUAACCACAAAUGGUACGGAUCAUAACCACCAUGAUCUCCAUCCAAGCAGCCAAACGCAAAAUAACACGCCCGACGCUGCCGCAGCCGAUUCCACAAGUUCUAGUCCUGUCCCACCGGCAUCGCCACCGCCUGCUGUUGACCCUCAGCCUAAAUCGCCGCCAUCACCAUCACCCACAACAACGCCUACUACUGCUGGCGCUGCCGUUUCGCAAUCAAGUAAUACUAAUAAUCACCACCUCCAGCAUCAUUCAGUAAUCCCAUCAUCUCACCACCCACACAUCCACCAUAAUCAACUAAAUUCCAUCGCCGGCAUUCAUCAUCCUUCGAACGCGAUCGGUCCUUCGUCCCUUCCUUCGAACUGCUCAACGGAACUUCAGCGGCCCCCCGUUGACGCCCAACAUAUCUACAGCAAUGUCCCUAACAACAAUACCACCAGCAUCGACAGUAGCCAUAACCAGAUGAAUAGCAUUAACAAUAACGUUAACAGCCAUUGUUCCAUGAUCGGUACUAGCAUUACUCACACCAACAAUAAUAGCAAACUGGAAGAGCUCUAUGAUAUCCCAGUGGGCGCCACAACUACCGAUCUGCCACCGGGUGUCUUGUAUCGAGUGAAGGCCACGUACAAGUAUGUUCGAGAGGACGUUGAUGAGCUCAGCUUUGAGGUCGGCGAUACGAUCAAUGUGAUCGAGUACGAGGACCCAGAAGAUCAGGAGGAAGGCUGGCUGAUGGGCAUCAAAGAGGGCACAAACGAUAAGGGUAUGUUCCCCGCGAACUUCACUCGGCCGCUCUAAAGGGGAGGGGUUCAGCAGCAGCAACAGCACGAUCAGCACAUACACAAAAACACUACUGGAUGCCACUGGAACAAACCACCCUGCAAUUCCAUUGAUUUUAACAACAACGCCUCUGAACACAGCAGACACGGAAAAUGCAGAAAACAAAGUUUAAAGUUUAUCAACUACGACUACAGAACAACCGCUUAAAAUUAGGAUUAAAACAAACAGAAGUAAGCAAAACACUCGAAAAUCGAAAGCUAACAUUUAAGAACAAAACUAAUUUGAAAGUGCAGCAGAAAAUAAUGAAAAGAGUUUUAUGACGUACGGUGAGGAAAAAAAAAACAUUGGAACGUGCCUUUAGAAAAAUGUAAUUUAUAAAUUGUAUAAUGUGACCAGACCAGAAAACAACUCCAGAGAAAAUGAGUGAUCAAGUCGGAAAAUAUUACGUUGUUUUCCCGUUUUAGCAAUUAGUUUUUAUGAUUGUCUACACCGUCCGCCUUUCAACACUGAGUUGCUGACAGCAUAUCUGUACUAAGUCCUUGUACUAUUGCUACUAAACGUCUUCCCAUUUUAAUAGAAUAAUAUCAAUACCCAGAAAAUUCUACAAUCUGUUCAAAAGUGUCUUUCUGUUUUUCAAUUAUUUUAUCCGUUUGAGUAUUGUGAAAUUAAAUGCUGUCAGCACGCAAAACUUUUUGUCACUAAAGAAAUCAAUUGUAAAUAAUUCACGUUUGUACUGCUACUGCCUGUUCAGAAAAUUUGUAUCAACUUUAAUCGGAGCGCAAUAAAGUCUAAAAUUUGGUUGAACGAUUCGAGCAGCCAAAAUUUUACAACUGAACCUCCCAAAAAUUGCCAAUCCCGUAUUAAGUAUAUUGUUUCUUUGUAAUUAAUAGAUGUGCAAAACGUAAGUAUCUUGAUUGUAUAAAACAAAAACUUCGUUUUCACCCACGUUUUUUUUUAUUUAUCUGUGUUUUACUAUUUCACAGCACUAUCUUUUCGUGUGAGAGUCAAGCUAUAGACAGGAUUCUAGAAGGUAGCUUAUUGAAUCGAUACAUAUUUCAACGGUUCAUGAAACAAUUCGCAACAUUAAAUCAUAUUCAAAGAAAUAAGUUUUAGUCAUAGCAAAGCGAUUCAUGCAUUUUUACAAAAGAUUGUUAAUUAUCCCAAUGAAAAAAAAAACACACUGAUUGUAGCUUUAUAUCCGUGCGCAAUAGGCCAUACCCAUAGUAACUCUUCCAGUCUCGAAUAGAUUUGUUCAUUCAUCUUCCCCAGUCACCGUACUAUUCUAUUUUUCCAUACCAAUUAUUUCUAGCUGCUUCUAAGAACAACAACCCUAUCACUGGUCAUUUACUAUCACUAUUAACUAUUUUCCACCCAUCAUUGUUUUUAUUAUAUUUGAAAGUUUUAUCUUAUUUAACAAAUUAUUAAAUUAAUUCAUAACUUAGUUGAUUAGUGUUAACAAAACAGAAAUGAAGAAACUGCAAUAAUCGGUUGGAACUAUUGUAGUCAUAAAUGCACACAUACAACACACCCACAAAAAAACACAUGUAAAAAACGAAACGCAACCCGAUUUGAACGUUUUUGAAGGAAAAAGCGAAAUUCGAAAUAUUAUUGAUGAAGAAGAAAGAGAAAAAAAUAACUCGAAAAUAAAUUUAAAAAUUAGCAAACAUCUAUUGAGAUAAGUGAAACAACUGAUCGGAUAAAAAAUGAAAAUAUAUAAAAAUAAAGAGGACGAUUUAAUAUAUGUAUUUCAAGUAAAAUGAAUAAUACAAUAAUAUGAUAAGGAUAAAGAGGAUCUAAAAGAGAUGGAUGAAACUUGUGUACAAUUUAAAA